AUGGCGUCGUUAUCCAUGGCGGACUGCGUUGCCUCGCGACUGGAGUGUAUCUAUACCGUCGUGGCGCCAAAGACCAUUCGUUCCGGGAACACGUACAGAGUUGCCAUCACGGUGCACAACGCAAAUGGACCCUGUGAAAUAACAGUCAGCCUAAACGGACCCUCACUCAAUGAGAUGCAGUCGGUGGAGGUCCUGCCAAAGGCCACGGUGGAAGUCACCUUCGAUGUCCCGAAACUCUCCCGAGGAGAUUACCAGCUUAAAGUCGCGAGUGCUGGGGGACUCGUUUUUAGCGAUUCGACCAAGCUACUCUUUGCCGACGACAAAACAUGGAUCUACAUCCAGACUGACAAGGCCACCUACAAGCCCUCCGAUACUGUGCAGUUCAGGGUGCUCUUCCUCAACAAGUACACGACUCCGGCCAAGUUAGACAAGCCCGCCUCGAUUGAGAUCCACGACGGGGAAGCUAACCUGAUCAAGCGGUGGAAGGAUGUGAGCCCGAUCGGGGGCCUCUACUCGGGGGAGCUGCGGCUGUCCGACCAGCCGGUGCUGGGCAACUGGACGCUGGCGGUCGAGGUGCCGGGCGAGGCCAAGGAGUCCAAGGUGCUGGUGGUGGACAAGUAUGUGGUGCCGAAGUUCGAGGUCAGCGUGAUCACCGCCAAGGAUGUGGCGGCCAGCGAUGGCGAUAUCAAGGCGACCAUCAGGGCAAGGUACACGUUCAGAAAGCCGGUGAAGGGAUCGCUGGUGGUCUCAAUCGAGGGCAGUGGCACGGAGCAGAGGCUGCCCAUCGACGGACAGGUUAACGUCCAGUUCCCCAUCACGGCCAGCAGCAAGAGUCCCCUGAAAAUUGUGGCCACCGUCACGGAGGAGCUGACGGACCUCAAGCACAACGGCUCCGCUUACGUGACCCUCCAUCAGCAUCGCCAUUCGCUGCACGACAUCUCCUGGCCAACGAACUACAUACCUGGCAUCGGCUACACGUUCAGCACUGCGGUCAAGAAUUUGGACGGCUCUCCAGUCAGGGGCACUUCGAAAAAGGUCAGGUUCGACGUGCUGUGCUGCCAGAAAGGUAAAAGUUUCGAGGCUGUUGUCGAAGGAGGCAUCGCCACCCAAACUAUUCAAUUUCCCCAUUUUUCCUGCAUGAGUUGUCUUGUGACAGCCAAAACUGAUAACGCGGUCGACAUUAAACAGUAUGUGUACAAGCUCGACCAGUCGCUAAAGAUCGAGGUCAUCACUAAAAACCCGAAACUGGGAACGCCACUGAAAAUUAAUGUGGUAUCCACUAGCCAUUUUCCUUACUUUACGCUGACGAUUGUCGGCCGGGGAAACAUCAUCGCCAAUCAGUACAUGGUUGUCCCAAGGGGAGCCACAUCAUAUGAAGUGCAAGUCGAUCCCACCUUCGAUAUGGUGCCCCAAGCCACACUCUACGUACACUAUGUCGUAGACGGGGUACUAAGGUCCGAUAAGGCAACGGUCGACUUUGAGAAGGAUUUCGGCAACACGAUUGAAAUCUCAGCGCCAAAGGAGGCAAAGCCCGCAGAAAAGGUGAACCUUAGGAUAAAAACCGACCCCCAUUCCUUCGUGGGACUCCUAGGGGUCGAUCAGAGUGUGCUGCUCCUAAGAUCUGGUAAUGACCUCAACCGGAACCAAAUACUGGAUAAUCUGGACAGCUACUCUACCGAUUUGGUCACCCUAACCAACGCAAAUAUACACACCGACACAAAACUGCCUGGCUGUUACACCAAUCCUGGUAAUCAAACUUGCUCUGGAAUCCCAUCCUAUCAGAGUGCAGGCCAAGGUGCUUCGACAUCAGAAACGAACUCACCACCUCCUCCUAUUGAACGGCCAAGCGGGCCGGUUUCAACACCACAGGUUCGUAAGCGCUUUCCGGAAACCUGGCUGUUUUCCAAUAUAACAGACGUGGGUGCCAAUGGUGAGUGCACGCUGUCGAAGGUGAUUCCCGAUACAAUGACCUCCUGGGUGAUCACCGGCUUCUCGCUGAACUCCGAUUCCGGCCUGGCCGUGACCCGAAACCCAACCAAGGUCCGGGUGUUCCAGCCCUUCUUUGUGACCACCAACCUGCCGUACUCCGUGAAGCGCAACGAGGUCAUCGCGAUCCCCGUGCUGGUCUUCAACUACCUGGGUGAGCCAGUGCGGGCGACUGUAUCGAUGGACAACUCGGACAGGGAAUACGAGUUCGUCGAGGCGACUAACGCAAACGUAACAAAGGGCCUAAUGCAGCUGCGAAGGGAGAAGAUCCUGUGGAUACCCGCCAACACCUCGCGUAGCACCUCGUUCAUGAUUCGCCCUAAGAAGGUUGGGCUGACCACUCUGAAGAUCACUGCCAUCUCGAACAUGGCCGGCGACACCCUCCAUGAGAUACUAAGGGUCGAGGCCAACGGUGUCACAAAGUAUGGCAAUAAAGCCAUGCUGGUUAGUGUCCAGCGGUUGAAUCGCCGAAGUGUGGGAGUGCCCGAAAAGAGCUUAAUCUUCGAGAUUGACGAAGAGAUUGUUCCUGACUCCAUGGAAGUUACUUUCGACAUCAGUGGUUCCGUUCAGGCACCAGAGCUUGAAAACCUUGAUAAUCUGGUUCGCAUGCCGUCUGGCUGUGGAGAGCAGAAUAUGAUAAACUUUGUGCCCAAUAUCCUGGUAUUGCGCUACUUGAAGGCGAGAAAACUAAACAGGGCAGACAUAUCGGAUCCAGCCAAAACGCAUCUGGAAACGGGCUACCAGAGAGAGCUGACCUACAAGCACAAUGACGGUUCAUAUAGUGCUUUUGGCACGAGAGAUGCUGCGGGCAGCACUUGGCUCACGGCUUAUGUAAUUCGGUCCUUCCACCAAGCCUCUGAAUUUAUCGGCAUUGACUCGAAUGUCUUGAAAGCGGGCCUGGACUUUCUGGAGUCGCGGCAAAGGGCAAGUGGGGAGUUCCCAGAGCUGGGACAAGUUAUUCACAAUAGCCAUGGAAGCCCUUUGGCGCUCACAUCAUUCGUACUCCUAGCUUUCUACGAGAACCAGCAACACAUUUCGAGGUACCGAAACGUGAUUGAUAAGGCUGUUCAAUUUGUGGUUGCCCAGGUAGACCAAUCGACUGAUGCGUACGAUCUUUCUAUCGCUGCUCUGGCACUUAAAUUAGCCAAACAUUCCAAGGGCGAUGCGGUUCUAGCUAAGCUGGAGGGCAUGGCAAAUCGAAAAGGUGACCACAAGUGGUGGUCCAGCUCAAACAGUGCCAGCAACCGAGUGGAGGUGACCUCAUAUGUGCUGCUCGCUCUUCUGGAACAAAACUUCGUGGAUCCACCCAUGCCCAUCGUCGAUUGGCUAAUUAGCCAACGUAACAGCAACGGGGGCUUCCACUCAUCGCAGGACACAGUCGUGGGCCUCAUGGCCCUGACCAAGUUCGAACUCCAAACCAACAUACAAAUUAAAGAUAUGCAAAUUUUAAUGUCCUACUUGAACAACCAGAAGCAAAGGAUCCAGGUCACCCCCGAACAUACUACGAAAGUCGUGUCUCAUUCGCUUCCGAGGAACGUCAGGGAGGUCAAAUUCUCGGCCUCGGGUCAAGGACGCGUCCAAACUCAACUCCAGUACCGCUACAACGUGGAGACCAAGGAACCCAGUCCCAGCUUUAAACUGACAGUCUCGGCUAAGAGAGCGGCGAAGAAACGGCUGGCCCUCGACAUUUGUGGCGAGUACACUCCCGUGGAGGCGGCGGACAGGGGAAAGCCCACCAACAUGGCACUGAUGCAGAUCGUCCUGCCCUCCGGCUACGAGAGCGAUCCCGAGUCCUUCGCCAGCAUCAAGGCCAUUCCGCACGUGAAGCGUGUGGACUCCAUAAAGGGCGACGUCGAGGUUCACGUCUACUUCGAUUUUCUCGAGCCCGGUGUCCGCAAGUGCCUGACCCUGAAGGCGAUCCAUGCGCAUGCGGUGGCCCUUCUGAAACCGGCCUAUGUUCGCCUCUACGAUUACUACGCAAAGGAGCGCAUCGCCACCGAAUACUACACAGUGGACUCCUCUCCGUGCGACAUUUGCUACGGCAACGAGUGCGGAGAGGGCUGUCUUUAAUAUAAAUAGGAUCACUUAAGUUUCAAUGUUCUACGUACAGUCCAAUCUAAUUAAAUAUGAAAAUUAUUUGCGUAUCACUUCAUCGGUGGCUUUGUAUUUCAAGUAGGAAAACCCACAACUCGGGAUCUACAAGAAAAUAUUGAAAGGGCGCAGUUCCCGGUUGAUCCACAGUCUAAAUUGCCUGACGUCGGUGAACUGAGUGCCUCCAUUGA